AAACGCAGCCUCCACGGCGCCGCUUUGUGACGUAGCGACGCGCAAACAGUCACACAAGAGGAAAGUGGAAAGUUGCCUUCUUUAAGAAAAAUGGAUGAGAAGUUGAUCCUCGCGGUCUACGAAUACCCAGAGCUUUAUAAUUCUACGCUCCCAAUAUAUCGUAACCUUGACAGGAAAGCAGAUGCUUGGCGGAAGAUCGGCGCUUUAGUGGGGCUGUCCGCGGACGAGGCCAAGAGGAAGUGGAAGAACCUGCGGGACCGGUACAUAAAGGAGAUUAAGGUGGACCGGACCCGGGGCGGGGCUGGCCGAGCCACUCACAAGCAGUGGCGCUUCCAGCACUUUCUGGAGUUCCUGAAGCCGUUCGUGAGGGACAGGCAGCGGCGGGCGGGAGACCGGGCGGAGGGACAGGACUACAGCGCCACCUCCGACGAGGGCGAUGACAAGCGCCGCCUAAACCUGCCGGCCAAACUGGAGCCGCGACGGGCGCCCAAACUGGAGCCCGUGCCCGUGCCCGUGCCCCAGCUGGCCCAGCUCACCCAGCUGGCCCUGGUGACCCAGCUCACGCCCAUACCCCCGCCGCGCUCCCUGACCCUGCCCAUGCCGGGCUCCGCCCCCGGCUCCACCCUCACCCUCGCCCCCGCCCAAUCCUCCUCGGGCCCCGUGGCCAGAAACGCCUACAGGAAGAGGAAGCGGUCGGACAGCGGAGACCUGCUGACCGACGAAGAUGAACUCUUCCUCCUCAGCCUGGCUCCGGCCAUGAAGAGACUCAGCCCCCAGAAACGCUGCCAGGCCAAAAUCAGAAUGCAGCAGAUCAUGUUCGAGGUGGAGUUCAUGUGAGAGGACACACACACACACUCACAAAACACAACCACUAACACCACACACGCACACAUACACACAGAGUAGUUUAUGUUCAGUCGCCUAUCCCCUAGAGUUGAGUAUUUUGUUAUGUUUUUGGAAUACACAAUAAAAGUUCCUAUGUUGUGUAAUUAUCUGGAAUAAUGUUGAUUCGAUGCCUUUUUUGUGCCGACUCCAGACUGCAGGGUCUGUCCAGUAGCUGGUUAAAUGUUUCACUUGUGGAUAGUUUGACAUUCCAAAUUAGGAUAGGAGUUGGACGUGUCCAGCCCCACGUUGGGCACCAAUAUACAAAAAAAAAAAGUCACACGUUUGGAGUCAUGCCUGCUGCUUGUCUCUGGUCAUGUACCCACAGCCUCAUUUUUUUCAUGAGAAAGGUGUCUGGCUGUUUUGGCGGUGCUGCUUUAUCCUGCUGAAAACUUUAGCUUUAGAAUUUGCUUUAUUACCAACUUAAUGUCAUACAGCUGGAGAAAAUGAUUCCACCUGGGGCCUACAUACUCACAAUGCUGAUUCAUACGGUCCUACUCUACUGUAAAACGCAGACGUGUGAUAUAUUAUGAAUGCGUUGUGUUGUGGGUGUGUGGUAGCUGUGGUGCUCCAGGGAGAGCACACCGAAGCCGACAGCCCACAUCUGAAAGAGAGUCACAAAACCACAGGACUGCAGCGUAGAGACAUUCAAAGAAAAUGUAUUCACUCGAGAGAGCAAUAACAGGUUUAAUUAAAUGGCUCCUAAGAUAACCAAAUACAACCUCCCCACGCAGAUUUAUUUCUAAGUCAAGUAGAAAGCCGUUUUAGUCAUCAGGUUGUGAAAUUUGUUUGUACAGGAGCUGAAUCGUUCACUCACACAACCACCAUUGAACAGCUACAGGUCACCAAUCUGCUUGGAACUUGGACACAAUCACUUCUGGUUUAUCAUCUUCAUACCUGUGUACUCCUCAUUUACACCAAUUACAAAGAUCGCACUUUCACUGAAAUUAGCAGUUUUAAAAUUAAAACAUUUUAAUUGUGCAGCACAGUACUAUCAAUGAUCCAAAGAACAAACUGGUUUAGA